AUGGCAUCUGCCCCUCCUCCACAAACACACCCGGCACCCGGAACGACGCCGACAACAACUCUAACAAUUGGCACACGCAAGUCAAAACUUGCCCUGCUACAAACAGAUCUAAUACGGUCUUCGCUUAAAGCCGCCUGGCCGGAGUAUGAAUUCAGGGUUCACUCCCAGGAUACUGCGGGGGACUUGAAUAAAGUCACCCCGCUUCGCGAAUUCACCACCAAGAAUCUUUGGACCGAAGAGCUUGAGGAACUACUGGUCGCGAAGAAGAUUGAUUUUGUCGUUCAUUCCUUAAAGGAUGUCCCAACCCAGCUCCCCAAACCUUGUGCUCUUGGCGCUGUCGUGCCCCGCGAAGAUCCUCGAGACGUCCUAGUCAUCAAAAAGGGUCUACCAAAAAUGACCCUGGCAGAACUCCCCGCAGGAUCCGUAGUAGGGACCUCCUCCGUCCGGCGCAUCGCUCAGCUAUCACGACACUACCCCCAUCUCAAACCCCAGGAUAUACGAGGAAACAUUGAGACACGAUUAGCAAAGUUGGACGCGGAAGACGGACCAUUUACCUGUAUCAUUCUAGCCGCUGCUGGCCUUCUGCGUACCGGUCAAGGUGCGCGCAUCUCCCAUUUCCUUGACUCGAAGAACGGCAAGAUGCUGCAUGCUGUUGGGCAGGGGGCGUUGGGGGUUGAGAUACGCGCGGACGAUGAGCGGAUGAGGGCGAUGAUUGAGAAGAUUGGGGAUAGGAGGGCGACGUUUGCGUGUUUGGCAGAGAGGAGUUUGUUGAGGACAUUGGAGGGCGGCUGUAGUGCGCCGCUCGGGGUUGAGACGGAGUGGGUGAAGGGUGAAGGGCAGGGGGAGGUAGAGAAGUUGAGGCUUAGGGCUAUUGUGGCCAGUGUGGAUGGGAAAGAGGCUGUGGAGGUUGAGAUGGAGGCGGAAAUUAGGUCGGAGGCGGAGGCGGAGUGGUUUGGGAAGACGGUUGCGGAGGAGUUGAUUGUUAAGGGUGCGGGGAAGAUAUUGGAGGUUAUUCAGCAGAAGAAGAAGAUUUGGGGGAAUUAG